AUGACCAAGGAAAAAGGUGGAUUUUUGACGCCUAAGGCAAUUGCCAACAGGAUAAAGUCCAAAGGAUUGCAGAAAUUACGAUGGUACUGCCAAAUGUGUCAGAAACAAUGUCGAGACGAGAUGAAGUUGUUCGCUGAGAAUGGUGGAAAAUUUGUGAGUGGCUUCUCAUCAGAAUUUUUGAAGGGUUAUUUGGAUAUCCUUCGACGUCAAUUCGGUGGCAAAAGAGUUCAUUCCAAUGUCGUGUAUCAAGAGUACAUAAAGGACAAGGAGCACAUUCACAUGAAUGCUACACGUUGGCAUACGCUAACCGGCCUUUGCAUGUGGCUCGGGAAACAGGGAAUCUGCAGGGUUGAUGAAACCGAGAAGGGCUGGUAUAUCGAGUACAUUGAUCGCGAUCCUGAGAAAAUGAAAAGACAAGAAAGACAGAUCGAAUAUAAUCUGGCUCAUGCGGAACCCGAGGAAGGUCCAGCGUAUGCUCCCCUGGUGCGACCGGAUGAGUGUGAACCUAUUCGUCUGAACAUGUCCCUUGCACCCAAGAAAGAUGAUCCUCCUGAGGUUUCAGCACAACCGGAAAGUCAGCCAACAGAACAAAUUGAUAAACCGGCAAAGCUUUUGACGUUGGUACCUAAGAAACCCAAACCAGUGAACCCUCUUUUGGAAGCAGAAAAGAAAGCCCGCGAAGAAAAAGGCAAGGUUUCGAGCGAAAAGUCACGUAUUGACGACCGUCCUGGUGUUGCCGGUUGUCGGCGUCGUGCUCUGGAUGAGCUUAUGGAAAAAGAAGAGGCUCUGAAGGAUAAACGCAACAGGCGUGACUAUUGGAUGACCGAAGGGCUUGAAGUGAAACUGGUAAAUAAAAAAUUACCGGAUACCAUUCGACUUCGGCAUGGAGUUGUCCUCAAAAUGUUAGACAACUAUACAGUAAGUACCGAGAAUUUUGUUUUACCUAAAGCCGUGAGUUUCGAGUUGACUGUUCUGUCAAGAAAGUUUGCUUCGUAUCUCUCUCUACCAUUUGAUUUAAAUUAA